AAGUAUACAUUUACAUGAUUCGAAUUUUAAAAAAGCGAUAUUCAAUAAAACAAAGACUAAAAGUCCUAACCUCAGCCAUUUUUGUAAAACUACAAAAGCACAGAUGAUUGACUAAAUCGCCAAGAAGAUAUUUUAUACAGAGUGAGUCCUCUUAGUUUGGACUAUAACAUGGCUCUUAAAUCCUUCCCACAAUCCUUUGGUUCCGUAAUAAAAAAUUUACUAUCAACGACAGAUUUCAAGCCUCUAAAUGAGCCAUUUCCUUGAUGUUUCUCGUAAAGCUGUGUCUGGAAUUCUGUAACUAUGAAGUAGACUACUGAAAGCGAUUUUUUAAAUUCUGUUGAGGAGCUAUUCAAAGCGUUUCAUUACAAGUGCUAGUAGCUAGCCGCUAGUUUAGGAUUACGAAAAAAAUACUCUUAGCUGUCACAUACAACCAAAACAAGUAAUCCGAAAUAUUUGAACAAUGUCUGGACCAAAUGGGGACCCGAGCAUGUCCACUGAAGAUGGAAUCAUCAACGACGACGAUGACUUUGAGGAAGAAGAAUAUGCUUCCAUCAACUCCAUGCUGGAUCAGAUCAAUUCCUAUUUGGACGACCUGGAGGAGCGCAACGAUGCACUUAAUGGCAAAAUGCACGAACUGAUGGAGUCAAAUCGGCAAGCCCGUCGGGAAUUCAGGGCCGAGCUCGUUGGCCCUUCAGCCCAGGAAGAGCAUCAUACUCAGGGGAAGAACUGUGCAGAGGGGGAGCCCUCCCUACCCAGCAAGGAGGACUUGACCAAGGAGAAUGGAGGCGUGUAAAGCUGCUGAUCUCUGUUGGGACUCUCCAGCUGUAUUCUGCAUAGCCUUACCUGUCUAACAUUCUGUGAAUCUAUCCCCUCAUAGGCAGAUGUGUGUAUGAUUAUAUGGUUUUGCAUCUCAAAACGCAAGUUUCUCUCCUGUGGUGAACUUUAACCUGCUGUUUUCCCUGCUCAUACAACUCCAAUGUUACAGCGUAAAAAGCUGUGUACCUUUAAAUUAUUUAUAUAUAUAUAAAUAUAUAUAUAUAUCAAGCAGCAACAGGAUCCUGAGGAGUCAAUUUAUGUUAACCUUUGUACCUUUACAAGUCUGCAUCUACUGUAUUUGUUGUUCUGAAUGAUAAAAUGCUGCAUUCCAGAUGCUUCUGCUGCAUGAAAGUUUUGCUUUCCACAUUUUUAUCCUGGAGUGUGACCGGUGUCUUGAUGGUAAGCAUAACCCAUCAAAAUCUAAACAAAGUCAACAUAAAAGGGGCUUUGUCAGACAUUUUAAUAUAAAUUACAAUUACUCCCAAACAGAAAACAAACAUCCAAAAAUACGUUAGACUUCCAGCAGUUAGAAAACAUCACCUGGUUGUUCAUCUUGUUUUUUCAGUAGCUGAAUAAAAAUACAAUAAGAAACAUACAGCUUUGUUUGAAAUGAUUUUUUUUAAGUGUCAUUUCCUCUCCUGCUUCAGUCAGUUUCAGAGAUUAAGGAGUUUAAUUCAUUUCGCGUCUCGUUCCUUCAGAUAUGAAGCCAAACCAAGCACGUGACUACGAGGGUUGCUACAUUUGUCAGUCUCUUGUGGUUUUAAACAGCCUUCACCAGUAUGGAGAGUUUCCAGAGCAGCACACCGUUAAUGAAGAGGGAACCAACACUUCCUCAUCAGGGCUAAAAUGACAGACUUGCGUUCUUGGAUGAAACUGGUGCUUCAAAUCAGAGACAAGCAUUUGUGCGAAUUUCUUUUUUUGUUGCUACAUUAAAAAACCAACACACACACACUUGUGAAUUUUCCUUUUGGAUUCUGUCCUGUGUACAGAGAUCUUAAAAAAACAAAAAAACAACAAAAAGGAACACAGUUUUAAAAGGUGAAAAAUGCACACAAAGAACAGUAUUGCUCUGUGAACGCUAACAGAAGCAUUUCAUGAAGAGGGACCCAUCUCCAAGUUAGGCUGACUUUUAAAAUAUGGGAAUGUGACACCAAACCGGAUUUUGCAUAAACGUCUGUGGUGCCAACACUUGUCAUUCUACUUGGAUUCUUUCUUCUUCAUGGAGUUGGGAGCAGCAUGCGGCUGAAGGGUUAAAGCCUGCUCUUCUCACCUGGGUGUCUACACAGCUCCUUCCCACUCUUCAUUGCAGACAGCAAACCAAGAAGCAUAUUUAAGACCUUUUUCAUCACAAAGGUAAUUGCAGUUGGCGUUUUUUUCUCCUGCAUACGUCAAAUUUUACCCCACAUUGUCAACAAAUUAGCAAGUUAAAAUGCUUUAAACCAAACUAUGAUCGGAUUCAAAUUUCCACAUUUUUCAAUACUCAAACCAAAGAACAAUUUGAACAAUUUUUCUUAUGACAGCUGUCUACAUUCUACGUUUCAGCGUUCUAAAAGCAUUUGCUACAUGGUUAGAAAUGUCAAAUGUUUCCACUGUACUGC